AUGUUCUUACUUGUUUAUCAAUUUUUUCUAGGUCCUUUGUUACGUGAAAAUCUUGAUGUGCGAAGAAUUCCUAUCUCCUUGGAAAGGGAGCUGACGAUCGCUUUAUCAUGUGGUAUGAUUGAAAAAGCUUUCAGGCAAUGUCUAGACGUAUCCGUUUUCAUUUAAAAACACAACUUUUCCUUUACAGAUACGACUUCCAUCCACUCGUAUCCGGUGAACUGAAAACGAUCAAUGAAAACGGAACUUUUCGAAAACACUCUCCGGAGUGGAACUUUUUGAAAACGCUGUUUUCCGGUGUACCUGUGGACAAACGCAAACGGAACUCUUCGAAAACUCUGAGGACAAAGUAUCAGUUCCAAUCCACUCCGCACAAUAUUAGAAACUUAUUGAAGGUGGCGGAAGGGCGCUUCCGUUUCUUGUCUGUUAUCAUUGGGCUUAUUUCUAACCUAAUUGCUUGUUUUCAAGCAAAUUUAGCUUUGUUAAUUCUUCAAGCUGAUUAUUCCAGGAGGCGGCAGAACUUUGUCAGGUUACUUUAGCUACAGGUGUCAAGAGGUGCAAGGUUGGAUCUCCCUUUAGUUUGUUUUUUUUAAAACUGUUUCUGCGACUUUGAAGAACGUCACAACAAUAUAUACCCACCGCAAAGAAAUUCAAAGAUGGCGUCAAUUUAUCAUUUCGCGGGCUCAUAAUAGCGAACAUGUACGCGUCAAGCAUGCGCAGUCGGGUAAGUUAUCGUUUUUAAAUCGAUUGAUCGUAUACGUGUAAUCUCGACCCCACAGCUCUUCUGCGCAUGAAGGCCAGGGAGGAAGAGCUCUGGGGAACCCUGGAACAAGAUUGUCUCUGAUUGUUUUCAACGAAAAACAAUAAAAGUGUUUCUGAUUAGUGCAUUCAAGUUUGAACGAGAGCGGGUGAACAUGCGGCGUGUCUGGCGUGUCAGCGGGUUUUUCCCUAGAAAUGUUGAAGUAAACACGUCCGGCCGAUUCUUGAUUUCAGCCAUUCCAAAACAACACUUGCACAACUUAUUAGGCAGAAUAACUGGAUUCCCCAAUUUUCAAAUCAAAUACCUUAGAUAUAAUCGAAAAUUGACCAAGAAAAAGAUUUGGAUGUGAAAAAUAAAAUAAAAAUACACCGACACCCUUUGCCAGGUAUAAUUUAAACAGCAUGACACAUAACUGUUCUUCCUUCGACUUCCACGUUAUGGUAUUCAUACGAAGUAGCCGAGUAUGAAUGAAAACUUUAGCUUUAUUUCGUAAAUUGCCCAAAAACAGACUUCCAAGGGAAAAGUAAAUUAAAAAAGUAAAUCGUUCCCUAAAGUGAUGCGUUUACAAUGCGACUAGAUAUUUAUAGUUGUCUUCUUUUCCCACGAUAUCGCAUUUCAAAGUAGCUUUACCUCUUUACUGAAGCGUAAAUUCGUAUUUUGGAAGGUUUUAUUGGAAUUUUUAUAUGUUUAUCUUAACAAGCCAUUCGGGUUUCACUUACGGCUUCGUGAAGUAGUCCACUCAAAUAUUUAAUCAACUGUCAAGCAUAUGCAAAUUUUAAGUCUCAAAUCUGUGAACUUUUAACGGUAGUUUCUCAGCAGCUACCACAAGAGCCUUGAAUACCUGAAAAUAGGCAACUUUCGAUAUAUUAAGAUUCAGCAUGAUAGCGAGUCUUAGAGGACACAAACAAAGAAAAUGAAUAACCCAUGAUUAUUCAUAUUUAUUCAUUUUCUUUGUUUGUGUCCUCUAAGACUCGCUAUCAUGCUAAAUUUUAAUAUAUCGAAAGUAUUCUUCAAGGGCUCUCUUAAUUUCUUCAGUUCUAAUUCCGAAGCAGCACGAAACUAACAGAAAAGAAGAAAAAAGUUUUUGUUGAAACGAAAGAGCAUGCGCUGUGAGACCCAAAUAAUCAGAUUUUGGCUACGCCAGCGCAGAGUUUCCCAGAGCUUGCGCGCGCAUUCCCCGUAACCACUGUGGUCGAGAAUGCGUAUACGUGUGGACGGGCGAAAACGCUACGAGUGGACGCAAAUUUUUUUGAAAACGGAGAGAAAAAGUUGCGUUUUCAAAUGAAUACGGAUACGUGUGGACAGGGCUUCAGUUAUUGGUUAUGUCCACCAUUCCUGUUGUUUCUGCACAAUGCUUGCUUUAUAUUAAUGAAUCCGAGCCACGCUCCAUGAACCUUAUAGUUAAAAACACAUUUUUCUUUAUGCACAAGGCUUACUUUAUAUUAACGAAUCGAAGCACUGAGCCAUUAGGUAAAUCAGAACCUAGGGUAAAAGGCAAUUAAGGCGAUUUCCACUUUUUCGGUACAAAAUGGAGACACCUUCUGAUUAAAAGUAUGUUCACGCGCAUUUAGGGUAGAUCGCGAGCGGUCGUCUUUUUUUUCUCAGAGUAGCCUGCGUAACAUGGCGGUUUGGGUUGGGCACGCAAAGUAAUAAAGGCGGGCGUAGGCAGAGAAAGCGCGCGCUUUGCGCGCGUUUUUGCGGGUUCGCCGCUCAGUAGUGCUCCUGACAAAACCGUCGUACUACGCAGACUAUCGUCAGAGUCACUCGCAAUGAGCGGAAGAGUCAAAUUAUGCCAAUUUAUCUUUAAAAAGGAGGAGAGAUUAAUUGGGGCGGGGAGAGAGAAAAUUAGGAUAACUUUCCUUUCUCCUUUUCUUAUGUUACAGGAGACCAGUGGAAGCUUGUUGCUGAGAAACUGGGUUUUACUCCACCAGAAAUUCGUUUUCUCGAUAAACGCACACUGAACCCAGCUGAAGCUUUGAUUGGUUACAUCGCAAAUCAGCGUUACCUGUCUGUAGGGGAACUUUAUGACGUUUUAUGCGACUGUGACCUACCUGUAGUGGCCGAUCUAUUGUAACGAAAAUAGGACAUGUCCAAAAUAUUACUCUUGAUUAAGAA